AGCUGCCUUUGAACAGUGUAGUUCCUAUUAAGGUGAAAGAAAUGAUAAACCCUGGCAUCUUCUGUGUUCACGUUAUUGGAACUCCAGAUUUGAAGAAACUAUACCUGUUGAAUGCGGAGUUGGCUGAACACAGUGGAGCUCAACCAGGCAAUUCUAUUUUCAGUCCGGAGGUUGGUGAUGCUUGUUGUGCAAAACUUGCAGAUGUUGAACUAAAACUUGAUGCGUGGACUCCUGCGACCAGCAAUUUACUCAAAACCCUCCUAUUUGAUAAAAAUGUUUUGGCGACAAUAAGAGCGUUUGAUGGAAAUAUCUACACUGUAGAUUUGAUCGGACAUCUUCAAGGUGCUGCAAUUAAAAUAUCUGACAAAUUAGUGUCGGAAGGUCUGGCUAAAUAUCUGGAUCGAGGUAAAAAAGCUCAAGAUCACAAAAACUGUUGUUGCAAGGAUCUCCAGAAAGCUGUGGAAGAAAUCAAGCAACAACUUGCGGUACUCAUGAGCAAAAAUGUGGAACAAGUGUGUGAUAACAAAGCUCAAGGAUAAAUGUACUACUUGUCUUUAUAACAAGAAUGUGGG